AUGGCAGUGACCGUGUACUCAACGUCGGUCACCAGCGAUAACCUAAGUCGACAUGACAUGCCGGACUGGAUCAACGCGCAUCUUCAGUUGAAUCUGACAAAGAUCGAACAGCUGUGCUCAGGGGCUGCCUAUUGUCAGUUUAUGGACAUGCUGUUCCCUGGCUCCAUUGCUUUGAAGAAAGUGAAAUUCCAAGCAAAACUAGAACAUGAAUAUAUCCAGAACUUCAAAAUACUACAAGCAGGUUUUAAGAGGAUGGUUGUUGACAAAAUAAUUCCUGUGGACAAAUUAGUGAAAGGAAAGUUUCAGGACAAUUUUGAAUUCGUUCAGUUGUUCAAGAAAGUUUUUGAUGCAAACUAUGAUGGAAAAGACUAUGGUCCUGUAGCUGCCAGACAAGGCCAAGAAAUUGCAGUGUCUCCCUCCCUUGUUGCUCCAGCUCUGAACAAACCGAAGAAACCUCUCAGCACUAGCAGCGCAGCCCAUAGAGGCCCAUGGCAACACACAACUACUGCAACGUGCAAGGCUGGCCUGGGUGUGGUGCAAAAGAAUCCUGGCGUGGGCAAUGCGGAUGAUGAAGCAGCUGAAUUGAUGCAGCAGGUCAAUGUAUUGAAACUCACUGUCGAAGAUUGAGAGAGAGAUUUCUACUUUGGGAAGCUAAGGAACAUUGAAUUGAUUUGUCAAGAGAUCAAGGGGGAAAACAGCCCCGUAUUGCAGAGGAUUGUGGACAUUCUUUAUGCCACAGAUGAAGGCUUUGUGAUACCAGAUGAAGGGGGCCCACAGGGGGAAUAAGAGGGGUAU